GAAUAAAUAAGUUGUAAAUCUGAUGUUAAAUUAAAAAUCAUGUAAUUUUCACUUAAACUAAUUACUUAUAAGGCCCAUCGGGGAAAAAACCUCGUAAGCCCAUGUAUAAGCAUGUGUAAUAUGCCUGCUUUAUUCUUAUCCAUAGAUCAAAGAUUUUCUUGGUAUUGCGCUAAAAAUUGGGGGAGAAGCAAAAAGGGUGACAUUCAUCACUUGGCGCCAAUUUAUCUUGUGUUGCAGUGAUUUCUAGCCAAGUUCUUCAUCGACAAAAUUCGAAGUAAAGUGCUAUCCACGAAUUGAUUGAGAAAUGGACGAUCAGAAAAUGCUGCCAACAAAUGAUACCUUGGUUAGUAAGCCAAGAAAAAAGAAACCUUCAACAAAAGUAAUGCUUAAUGCACCUGGGGAUAAUCGGAAAAGAUUUCAAGACGCACAACCCGGUUCUAGCCAGAAAGGGCAGAUGGCCUCCAGAAAAGUACAUAUUAAUAAUGUUUCCCCAUUGUUCCAACAACAAGAGCGUUCUGCCUCAGAUUCAUUGCCAGACUCUUCUACUUCUGGAAAUGAAUAUCGGGCAUUGAGGCGAAAAUAUUUGCUACUGGAAGAGGAAAGCUUUGGAUUGGGAUCAGAGUUGAAAGAGGUUGAAGACGAUAUUAUGGCCCUUGAAAAGGAGAAGCUAUCUUUGCUGGAUGAGCUUGUUGUCUUGGAAGGCCUAAUUGAUCCUUCGGAUAUUCAGCAUCAGGGCUAAAGAUUGCGAUGACUAAUCAUUAUAUGCUAUAUAAGGAUGUGUGCUAUGCGUUACUCGACCGGAUCGGAACUAUAAAGGACAAGUAUUUUAACUUUUUUUAUCUUUCUGUUUAGUACUGUGCAAUGUCUGAUCAAGCAAGCUACGAGUUGAAUAAUGUAAACCCUUGCUCCUGUAAGCAUGAAAAUAUGGGAAUUUUAUGUUGAUAAUCUAAGUUAUGCAGUGUGAUUCUUUGCUAUAGAUUUUGUCAAA